GGAGUGCGUCCUCUCCGCAAACCGCAGACUCCGGGGCGGCGCCGCGGCGGAUCCUCAGCUCUGAAACUAAAACACCGCAAACAGCAGAACACCGCGUCUCGGAGCCGCUGUUUGUGCCGCGGGACCACCGCGCGGCUCUGUGAUGUGUGUCCGUGUACAGAGGUGCGGAUCGCUGAGCGGGUGUGAUGGCGAGUGCGUUGUCACGGCGCCUGGGGAAGCGCUCCCUACUGGGUGCUCUGGUGCACACACCUAACCCCGCAGGUGAUGGGAUGUUGAUCCCCGGCCUGAUCCAGGCAUUCCGAUCCCACCCAGGCAAAGGGAAGUCCUCCUACACCGUGUCCUUUGAGGACGGGCGUUUCAAGGAGUGCGGUGAGGACAGCAUCAUUGGCCCAGGCUUCCAAAGUCUGAGCAGCUUCAGUCUGAUCGCAGGACAGGAGGUUUUCCUGACUGUGAACGGCCGGGAGGAGGUGGGGUUGGUGGAGACCCACAACAAGGAGAGGAAUGAAGUGCAGGUCCACGUGGCCGGCCUUGGGGUGCGGACCCUGCGCCGGAUCGAGGAGCUGCGGCUGAUGGAGAGUCGGCGGUCUCCACGGCUACAGGAGCUGGAGCGCGAGCACACGCGAGCUGGGCCACCCGAACACAGCGUGGGGGGAACUUCCUCUGGGAUCGAUGUCCCCACACGGAAGUCAGAGGGAGUGGACGAGAUCAUGGCAGCCAUGGUGCUCACCAGCUUGUCCUGUAGCCCUUCCACCAACAGCACCUGGACAGGGCCCCCACACAGCUCGGGGAGGGGGGAGAACGGGAAGCAUCGAUGCAGAGCUGGUAGCAGCUGGGGCAGGAACCAAGCUUGCAACUCAGGCUCCCCCUCUCCUCCUCACCUCCCGCUCUCUGACACAAACCCUCCUGAGGAUCUCACUGACCUGCCCGACACCCACCAGCUCCUCUUUGAGGAACACCUGCCCAGAAAGAGAAAGAACUCAGUGAAGAUAAUGUACAAGUGUAUGUGGCCCGACUGCUCUAAGCUUCUAUGCUCCACAGUGGGAAUCCGGAGACACAUCCGCACUGUGCAUCUCGGACGUAAGGCAGAGGCAGACCCGAGUGAUGGGGAGGAAGAUUUCUAUUACACUGAGGUGCAAGAGACCAGCGAGGAUCUACCGGAGUACAGCAGUGUCCCGCGCUCUCUCUCCCCCCCUGGCUUCUUCCCACAGAACCCGCCGGGGGUCUCACCACCACUGCCUCACCAUGAGGAGGUCUCAGAUGUGCCCGUCUCAGCCUUUCUCAGCCAAUCAGCUCCCAGUUGCCUGUGGCAGGUUUCUGCAGAUCAUCCCUACAAGGAAAGUUCGAGGAGAGGCCAAGAAAUGUCGCAAAGUUUAUGGCCUGGAGAACAGGAGCCAGUGGUGCACGGCCUGCCGCUGGAAGAAAGCCUGUCAGCGCUUCCACGAUUGAUUCCCCGCCUGCAGGCAGGGAGUGACCCUGUCCUGUCGCCUAGGCCGGGCGUGAGGAUGUGCGGUAGCCUCGGCCGGGAAAUAUGUGAAUGUAUUUUUGCUCCAGUUACAGAUGUGAGACAUUACAUUUUCAGGCUGUAUAUGUAUAUGGAGGGACUAUUGUAAUGAACUUGCAUUUUUUCAGUGAUUCUGUAAGUCUGGUUACCUAACAACUGGCUGUUUAUAUUGGGGGGAAGCUUUGGUUCUUCCUUGUGACUGUUAAAAGGGCCGUGUGCACUCCCAGGGCUGACAGCCUGUGUACACUGCUCACUGACAUAGAUACACAGAGUUGUAUGGAGUGACACAGCACAGGACCAUUUGGCCCAACUUGUCUGUGCUUCUAUUUGUGCUCUACACGAGCCCCGUUUCUCUCCUUUUCCUUUUCCCUUUAUAGAAUCAUAGUAAUUUUCAGCACAGAAGGAGGCCAUUUGGCCCAUUGAAUUCCCACUGACUCUCAGACCAAGGUGUUCAUUCAAUCACACUGUCCUGCUUUAUCCCCACACCCCAGCAAGCCUCUACCCCUCAUAUACCCAUCUAUUUCCCUCUUGAAACCCACAUUGCACUCUCCCUUAUUAGACAGGGCAUUCCACAUCCCAACAGCUCUCUGAUGAAAAUAUUUCCCCUCAGCUCUUCUCUUAUAUAUGUGACCUCUCAUGACUGACUCCCCAACCAGUGGAAAUAGCUUCUCUCUGUUCACCCUGUCCAAACCCAUCAACAUGUGGAGUCCUGUAGCUUAGGGGUGAGAGCACUCAC